AUGUUGAAACUCAGCGGUGGCGGUGGCGGUGGCGGGCAGAACUGGGCAUGCUCAGUAGCAGACCCAGGUCUUGGAGGCGAGGCCGCGUUUGAAGUCGCGCGACCAGGAGAUUAGGGGGAGAGCGGCAGCCGGCGGGGCUCUAGUUAGGGGUGCUCGGGGAUCCCGGGCUCGAGCCCGCCCGAAGCGGGCAAGCUGGAGGCGGGCGCCCGGGGACCGGCGGGCGAGAGGCUGGGCGUGGAGGAGGAGGAGGGGGAGCCGGUGGGAGAAGGGGAGGAGCGCGCAGCUCGCCAUCCCCCGGCGGCAGCACUGCGGCUGCUGAGUCGGAAGCCGCAGGGAGGAUCCGGGGAAAUAAGGACGCCCGAGAAUGACCUCCAGAGAGGCCGCCUGAGCCGGGGCGCGUGCGCUCCCCCGCCAGCCCCCAGCAUGGACGACGGCGGCGGGCAGCCGGAGCGCUCGGCCCCGCACGCCCCCGGGGCCUCCACCGACGCUGCCACCGUGAACGGGCUGCUGCACAACGGCUUCCACUCGCCGCCCAUCCAGCCGCCGCGCCUCUGCAGCAGGAGCCCCGCGGGCGGCGGCGACGCGGCUCCCCCGCGCCUCCCGCUCCUGCCGGAGCUUCAGCCUCAGCCGCCGCCCCCUCAGCACGACUCCCCGGCCAAGAAAUGCCGGCUGCGGAGGAGGAUGGACUCGGGGAGGAAGAACAGGCCUCCAUUCCCCUGGUUUGGAAUGGAUAUCGGUGGAACACUGGUUAAGUUGGUCUACUUUGAGCCCAAGGAUAUUACGGCUGAAGAGGAACAAGAAGAAGUAGAGAACCUGAAGAGUAUCAGGAAGUAUUUGACUUCUAAUACCGCCUAUGGAAAAACUGGGAUCCGAGACGUCCACUUGGAACUGAAAAACCUGACCAUGAGUGGGCGCAAAGGGAACCUCCACUUCAUCCGCUUUCCCAGCUGUGCUAUGCACAGGUUCAUUCAGAUGGGCAGCGAGAAGAACUUCUCCAGCCUUCACACCACCCUCUGUGCCACAGGAGGUGGGGCUUUCAAAUUCGAAGAGGAUUUCAGAAUGAUUGCUGAUCUGCAGCUGCAUAAGCUGGAUGAACUGGACUGUCUGAUUCAGGGCCUGCUUUACGUCGAUUCUGUCGGCUUCAAUGGCAAGCCGGAAUGUUACUAUUUUGAAAAUCCCACCAACCCGGAAUUAUGUCAAAAAAAGCCGUACUGCCUUGACAAUCCGUACCCUAUGUUGCUGGUUAACAUAGGCUCAGGGGUCAGCAUUUUAGCCGUGUAUUCCAAGGACAACUAUAAACGAGUUACAGGGACCAGUCUUGGAGGUGGAACAUUCCUAGGCCUAUGUUGCUUGCUGACUGGUUGUGAGACCUUUGAAGAAGCUUUGGAAAUGGCAGCUAAAGGCGACAGCACCAAUGUUGAUAAGCUGGUGAAGGACAUUUACGGAGGAGACUAUGAACGAUUUGGCCUUCAAGGAUCUGCUGUAGCAUCAAGCUUUGGCAACAUGAUGAGUAAAGAAAAGCGAGAUUCUAUCAGCAAGGAAGACCUCGCCCGAGCCACUUUGGUCACCAUCACCAACAACAUUGGCUCCAUUGCUCGGAUGUGUGCGUUAAAUGAGAAUAUUAACAGAGUUGUAUUUGUUGGGAAUUUUCUCCGAAUCAAUAUGGUCUCCAUGAAGCUGCUAGCAUAUGCCAUGGACUUCUGGUCCAAAGGACAACUGAAAGCUCUCUUCUUGGAACAUGAGGGUUAUUUUGGAGCUGUCGGGGCACUACUGGAACUGUUCAAAAUGACUUCUGACCUGUAGAGAGGAGCAUGAGAGGUACAGCCUCCUGUGAGGACGAACUGCUGCUGGAGAAGGUGCAAGCUGCUGGGGGAUGGAAGCCAAGCCAUUAUGGCAGUUAAACCUGCUGGAUUUGUAAAUAACUUAAAAUCCUUCUAGCUGAUCUUUUACUCUUCGGUUUUGAUUUAAAAUGGAGACUACAAGAGCUUUUCUGUAUAUGGUAUUUUUAAAAAUAAAAAAUAUCAACAACAACAAAAAUAUUGUGCAGCGUGGCCAAACCUACCAAUUUUAUGCAUUAACUUUAAAAAUGUUGUUUGAUGUUUAAGAAGGACCUGUAAUGUAAGAGCUGGUUUGUUUUGUUUUGUUUUCUUCUGGGGUUUACUGAUCAGUGUGGUAAUUUUAACUUCAUUUAGUAAUUACUCUAGGAGAUUUUACUUUUACGUAUAUAUUUUUCAUGAUGUUUCAUGAUUUGCUGUUUGUUUCAAAUGAAACUACAAAUCUAGCAUGUUUUACUGUGAACACUGUUUGUUUACCUUUUUUGUCUUGUUUUUCUGUUUGAAUGUUUUGAAUGAAAGAGACCACCACUUCUGUCUUUGGGUGAUCGCCCCUACCCCACUAACUCAAAUAGUAGACUUUCUUUUACAGUAAUUGUUCAUCUUAAUUAAGGUGCUGACCAACUCAAUACAAAGUUAAUCACGAAAUCUAAAGCUCUCAGAAGUGCCCAGAAGAGAAGACACUAAAUGUGUUUUUUCAUUUAAUGAGUCUUAAAAAAGUUGAAAACAAUAUGCAAUUUUGUCUUAGCCCUUAAGAAUAUAAUAGAGUUUUGUUGGGUUUCUUUUCUGCUAGGUUAUAUUAAAUAGAAUUAUUCUAUUCUAAAAUGUCCUUAUCCUUGCAUAGAAUAGAAUGGCAGCAAAUCCUUGUUCACAUCAUGAAAUUUCA